AUGAAGUACAACGUGUACAAUUUCAAAAUCAAUUUCAGCAGUCACGGGGCAGCAGUCGCGCAGGCAACAAACGCAAAGGUAGCGAACGCAGAGGCAUUGGUCGCGAAGGCAGUGGUCACGAAGGCCGCGAACGCAAAGCAGUGGUCGCAAAGUAGCGAGCAUGGAGCAAUGAACGCGGAGCAGGAAAUGGAGAGAACGCGGAGGAGCGAUCGUAGAGCAGCGAAUGCAGAGGUAGAUCUGAGAGGUGAGGGGAGGAAGAGGGGUGAGACUAAAAUCCGCGAACGCAGAGGCAAAUCUGAGAGAGAAGACUUGGAGAAUGAGAGCCUCUUGCCCGGAGUACUAGGCGGCCUCCUAGAUUAUGGGACGGUCUCAGACUUCUUCUAUGAGGUUUAG